AUGGUGGCUACCAGAAGGGGCACGAGGGUAGAGUCACAGGAGGAGGCGGUAGGGAGCGGCGGAGAUCAGACUGCAGUGGAACCUGCUACACCAGCUUCUCCAAAGCGGGCACAAAGACCAGUUAAGAGUGACACUGUUGCACAGAAAAGCGGUGGGAAUAGUCAAGAUCAGGGUGACUCUACAUCAACAGUUGGCAGCCCCACCAAAAAUGAUUCUACAAAGGGGCCAUCACAGGUGGUCACUCGCAGUAGGCAUAAGAGUGGUCAGUCAGAUGCAGAUGUCUCAGAAGCAGAAUCUACUACAUCAAAUUCUUCCACAAGAGUUACACGAAGUAGACAAAGUCUCGGGAACGUAACCGACUCAGCAAGGAAACUGAGAAGCCAACGAUCUGCUUUUAUAACUGAGCCUAUCUUGGAGUCUAAAGAAGAUGAGCUAUCCGAAGCUGAGUCAAACUGUUCCUCUGUUUCUACACGUGCUAGCAGGGCUAGCAAGAGGAUACGUGCAAGCGCCUCACUCUUAACCAGAGCAAGAAGUAGGAAGUCUGCUUUGCCUUCUGAAACAGUCUCUGAUCAUUCUGAGGCUGAAUCAAAUUGUUCUUCUGUUUCAGGGUUGCAAAAUACUGCAGUAAGAUCUAGAAGAACAUCUGAAGCAACCCGUCCACUCUCUGUUAAUCGUGAAUCUCAGAAGGAUGAAAUAUCAGAGGCAGAGUCUUGCAAUUCUGACUUUGUUUCUCAACCGAGGACCAGACGUUCUAGUAGGCAAAUUCAGAGUAAACCAAAGGCAGAUGCGGCUAAGAGUGUCAGUGAAGCUAGCAGUCAAGAGCAAGAGUCACCGAAAAAACAAAGGCAUAGUUUACGUGGAGUAAAAGUUCUAGAGCCUUUGUCCUCUGUGCAAAAGGAGAAAAUGUUGUCCACUCCCCGUAGGAGUUUGAGAAAUCGGUUUGUAAUUGAAGAAUGCAGCGAUAUUAUAGUACUUUCAGACAGUGACUCUCAGAGUAAAACAUUCUCAAGCAAACAUGAACAGGUGGAUCAACCAGCUGACCAAGAGUCUGUCAAAGAAAAACAUAGCUUGUCUGUAGAACCCAGUUCGAUUGUGACCACAAAAUUACCUGCAACAUCCCAGUCAACAAUGAAUGAUGCACCAGAUGAAAUGAUUGACCUCACUGAAGAUUCGAUGGCUGAACCACAACUCAAAGAGCAAGAUCAAAGCAAAGCUGAUAAUGAUGAUGACAACGACGAUGACAAUGUCAGUGAGACAGCUGACAUUACAAACAAAGAUUUUCCAAAUGCCAAAGCAUCCCAAAGUGGAAAAAGUGAUGCCUCCAAUAUCACUGAAAGAGUGGAAAUAUCUUUAAUGCUAGAUAGUGAUGAAAGUGAAGACUCGGAACACAGCGAGGAGGAAGAAGCUGAUGUAGAAAUGGAGCAGGCGGUGAACCAGAAAGAACUGGAAGAGGAAAAGAACCAUGAAGGCCUUGAGAAAAAGAAACAUCUCAAACCAACUUCAACUGAGCAAUCAAAAGAUCUGCAAGGCAAUGGACUUUUUGUUAUUGAUACAGCUCCGGGUUUGGACUCGAGUAAAAAAUAUUAUGUAGAUCAUGAUGUAGAUGACAGGGAAUCUGAGAGAGAUCAAAGUGAGAAGGAGGAACUAUCUGAACCGGAGGACGAGCUGCCUGAGCCAGAUGAAGAAGAACAUUUUAUUGACGAAGAGGUGGAUGAUGACGAUAAUGAAGAAGACGAAUUGUUAAACAAACCUAAAGCAGGCUUUGAUUUGUCAUCAAGAAUUGACACAGGACUGAAUAUUAAGCAAUUGGGUGGCUUAUAUAUCAAUUUUGAUGCAGAAAAGCCAAAUCCUGGUCCAAGCUUGAUCAACAAAAUGAAAAAAGAUAGUAAAAAGAAAGAUGAGCUCCUAAAGAAAAGUGUCAUAACCCCUGACUUUGAGAAGAAAGAUUCUGUCCCACCAUAUAGAGUGUCACUGCACAAGUUGAAGAAACAGAGAAAGGAAGAACGUGAGAAAACAACUGGACGAGGCUGGUUUGACAUGAAGGCUCCAGAAAUGACUGAAGAAUUAAAGAAUGAUCUAAAAGCUUUGAAAAUGAGAUCAGCCAUGGACCCCAAACACUUUUACAAAAAGGACGACAGAGAGGGCUUCCCCAAAUAUUUCCAGGUUGCAACUGUGGUAGACAAUCCCUUAGACUAUUACCAUUCCCGAAUUCCCAAGAAACACCGAAAGAGGACCAUUGUGGAGGAACUUCUCGCGGAUUCUGAGUUCAGAAGAUAUAAUAAAAAGAAGUACCAGGAAAUCAUGGCAGAAAAGGCUGCCCGAGCCGAAGGCAAAAAGAACCGUAAAAAGAAGAAAUUUCGGACAUAAUAUCAAGCAGUGUUUCAUUUUUGU